AGCCCGGGCGGAUAAGAGGCGGCGCUGGCCGCCCCCUCCGAAGCUGGGACUGUUCGUGCGGCCGGCCGGAGGCGGGGCGGCCCGGCACCACCUCCGACUACCUGGGAAGGCCUGGGCUGGCGGGCUAGCGAGGCCCCGGGCCCGCCGCUUCCUGUCCCCACACCCCCUGCCGAGGAGCCUCCCUCCGCGCCCCAAUAUGGCGGGCGGGCACUGGGGUCCGCUGCUGACGGCGCUCCUGGCCGCCCGAGUCGCGGCGGCGGCGGAGGGCAGCCCCGAGCAGGCCGCGCUACCGGAGGAGCGGAGCUGGGUGCGGCCCAUGACCGCCUCCAACUGGACGCUGGUGAUGGAGGGCGAGUGGAUGCUGAAAUUUUACGCUCCUUGGUGUCCAUCCUGCCAGCAGACUGACUCAGAAUGGGAGACAUUUGCAAAGAAUGGUGAAAUACUUCAGAUCAGUGUGGGAAAAGUGGAUGUCAUUCAAGAACCAGGUUUGAGUGGCCGCUUCUUUGUCACUACUCUCCCAGCAUUUUUUCAUGCAAAGGAUGGGAUAUUCCGCCGUUACCGUGGCCCAGGAGUCUAUGAAGACCUGCAGAAUUAUAUCUUAGAGAAAAAAUGGCAAUCAGUGGAGCCUCUGACUGGCUGGAAAUCCCCAGCUUCUCUGACGAUGUCUGGAAUGGCUGGUCUUUUUAGCAUCUCUGGCAAGAUAUGGCAUCUUCACAACUAUUUCACAGUGACCCUUGGAAUUCCUGCUUGGUGUUCUUAUGUCUUUUUCGUCAUGGCCACCUUGAUUUUUGGCCUUUUCAUGGGUCUGGUCCUGGUGGUAAUAUCAGAAUGUUUCUAUAUACCACUUCCAAGGCAUUUAUCUGAACGUACCGAGCAGACUCGGAGGUCAGAGGAGGCCCACAAAGCUGAACAGCCACAGGAUGCAGAGGAGGAAAAAGACGAUUCAAAUGAAGAAGAAAACAAGGACAGCCUUGUAGAUGAGGAAGAAGAGAAAGAAGACCUUGGCGAUGAGGAUGAAGCAGAGGAGGAUGAGGAGGAAGACAGCCCGGCUGCUCGUGUGGACGAGGAGAGGAGUGACGCCCAGGACCAAGGGCCCCUGAGAGAGGUCCAGGAGCGGGGAGGAGCCGAGCCUGGAGAAGACGUGCCUGCGCAGCCCAGCCCAGCGCACUCAGAGGCGGCAGAAGACACACUGAGGCAGCGCAGAAGUCAGCACGCCGAUAAGGGCCCACAGGUCUAAUGACAGUAUUUCCGAGAAUUCAGGCCAAAGGAGUAGUCAGCUUCCUUCUGGUCUGCAGUGUAAAUCAAAUCCUCAUUUUUUUCUGAAUGAGCAAGCUUUUCUUAAAAAACGAUCUCUAGUCCUGUAGUCUCUGGCAUGAAGCCUCAUGUAUGUUAAUGAGAGUGUUUCAGACACGACAAUCAGGAAACAGAAAAACAAACAGGGUGUUAGGAUCCGUUUGGGGACUUGGCAUGGGCACACAUUCACUGGCUUGAGGCUAGAGUUUUGACCGGAGAAAGCACCCCGCAGGCGCCAUACAACACAAGCCAAGCCACACGACAACAUCCGCACAGUGCAUGGGAGGUCUUGCAGAAGUCUUCUUGUGUUAAGUAUUUGUUUUUGUCAAACUGUAAGAGACAUCAGCCAUUACGGUACAGAGACACUUUUUCAGAGAGAGAAAUUGAGAGGGCCCUGGUUAUUGUGGUAGAAAAGAGCUUGGACGUCAUCCCAACUCUCUAAAUCUCCUUUGUUAGGAUUUAUUUCUUACCUUUAGUAUUUCCAGCUUUCCCACCACGGGCCUGCAGGCGCCCCACACUCUUCACAAUACUUUCUCAGUGAGAGGCCUCCGACAGCGGCCGCUUCACAUCAGCCGCCUUCGUUCUGACUGAGGGGUUUACAUAAUCCAGAACCAAAGCUCACGGAGCUGUGACUGCCAAGCAUCUUGAAUGAAAUGUUGUAACCUUUGGAGAUUCAAAAGGAAGUAGGGAUUUUACAGGAGAGGUUUUUGUUGUUGUUGUUUGCCAAAAUGUAGUCAUUUUUUUUUUUUCCAAAAGGUUCCUUUAGCAAUAUUCUUUUUGAAGCCAGAAGUGCCCUAAGUGUUGCCAGUGCAAGGUUGUCUUGUGAAGAAAACUUGAAUACUUUGUUGUUUUGCUUCCAUCUCAAGGGGUUCUCUGGCUCUUGAACCACUUUAAUAUUAAGUGCAAAACCAUUUCUGGUUUUCUUUCAGUGAUGUGCUUUUGGUGAAAGAAUUAAUGAAAGUGAAUAUCUGGAAAUGAAAGAUUUGGUUUCCUUUCCUUCUUCCUUAAUCUUGUAAAGAAUUUUAUCCCUGUAAAUCUCUCAAUACUCAAUCUACUAAAAGUACCCAGGGGGCCCAAUUUCUUUUAAAGAAUCCAUCCAUCCACUUCUGCCUUACCUGAUUUAUGUCUUCCAAUAAAUUCAUAAAAUUAGAUUCCAAGCUUAUGAAAGAUGUCUGAAGUUGAUCCUACACCCUUUGGGUCCUGACAGAAAAACAAGUAAUACACGUUUAUGAAAUUCGAAAAGUUUCUGUCAUCUUUAUAAAGAAAUAUGCAAUAUACUCCUGUCUGGCUGUUUUGAUAACCCUUACCUUGUAUUAACUUUGAACACAGUCUCUUUGGAGGAGGGGGAGGUGCUGAGAUCCUCUACCCUUGAGUGGUUGGAUGGGCCUGUUGCAAGCCUCACACAAAGGGAGUUUUUAUUCUGACAGAAUCCAAUAUUUAGAGAUGGUUAUUUCUCAUCUUUCCAACUCAGUUACCUGACAGUCUCAUCCCCCCUGUACUGUGAGGUUCAUGAGGAGUCGCCAAUAGUCUUUCUCUUCAGACGGCAACAGCACCUUGAGUUUGAGGCCAUCACAGAACUGACAGACUGGGAAAACCUUGACUUUGGCUCAUUUCCUGCCCCUCCUGCCAUGUACGUCUUCUAACACAUCCUCAGCCCAAGC